AUGCCUCCCAGGAAGGUUACGAAGGUUACCAGCGCGUCCAAGAAGGCGGCGCCUGCUCCUCACACUUCCUACCGCGAUAUGAUCAAGGAUGCCAUUAUUAGUCUCAAGGAACGCAAUGGUAGCAGUCGCCAGGCUAUCAAGAAGUACGUCCAGGCCAACAACAAGAUCAACGUUACUUCUCAGAGCGUGUUCGACUCUCAGUUCAACAAGGCUAUCAAGGCCGGUGUUGAGAAGGAUGAGUUCACUCAGCCCAAGGGCCCAUCUGGUCCCUUGAAGCUUGCGAAGAAGGAAGCCCCUGUCAAGGCCGCUGCUAAGCCUGCCGCGAAGCCUGCCGCCAAGGCCACUGCUAAGGCCCCUGCUAAGUCCACUGUCAAGGCUGCCGCCAAGACUGCUCCUAAGAAGACUGCGGCCAAGAAGGCUGCCGCCACCAAGCCCAAGGCUAACACUGGCAAGGCCCGCAAGACUGCCGCCACCGCCCCUGCUGUCGUUGAGCAGCCCAAGAUUCUGGGAAAGACCAAGUCUGGCCGUAUCACCAAGACUACUGCCCCGCAGCCAACAACAACCCGGGCGGCUCCCAAGAAGCGGACUACCAAGAAAUAG